AUGGUUUUAUAUUUAAAUAUAAAUUCACAAAUUAGUGGUGUUUGGGUUAGAAUUUUUGAACACCUUAAAAUCACAAACCCAGAUCCAAAUAAUAAAGAUGUAAAAUCGGGAGCAUUGUUUGAAACGAUAGAAAAAGUAGCAAAGGAAAUAAGUGAAGUUGUUAAUAAAAAAAUAUUUCUUCAAGAAAUUAUAACUAGUUCAAAAUCUAAAAAGGAACUUAUUAAGAAAUUAUCAAGAGAAGACCCUGAAUACUUGAUAGAGAAUUUAAAAAAUAUUGAAUAUGUUGCUAAUAUAAUUUACGAAACACCGAAGAAUGUUAGUAAAAAACGAAAAUAUACGGAAAAUUCAAUCUCAUCUAUUUCAGAUAAUAAAAAAAGUGAAAGUGAAAAUGAUGAUAAUGAAGAAUUACUAAAGAAAAAAACAAAAAAAAAUCCAACUCCAUUGUUUCAAGAAAAAAGUAAUUUUAAAAAUUUUGAAUUACAAGAUAUAUCAAUACAUUUAAAAAUUACAUCAUAUUAUAAUAGAGUGCGAGGAAGUACAAUCAAUAUACCUGUUACAAAAGGUAAUCAGGUUAUUACAUCUUUAUUAGGACCUUUAAAAGUAAAAGCAAAAUCUAUAACAGUUCAUUUAGAAAAUGAGAUAAUGAUUGAUUGUUCAAGUUGUCAAUUUGAAUUUGAUGAGGUUAUAUUAUGUUUGGAUUUAAAUCGUUUAUAUGUUUGUAUAUUGUCCGAAGAAGAUAAUCAAGCACAUGUAUUUGAUAAAGGAAAUUAUGUAAUGGUUGUUAUUUUAGAUUAUAUGGAUUGGAUGUAUCAAUUUAAAAAAAUAUUGUCAAACAAUGAUCCAAAUAUUAUAGAUCCUCUUGGUGUUGCUUUUAACGAAAAGACUGGUGAUUCAGGAAUUUCUGGGUUUUUUAGUGGUAGAUAUAUAGAAUCAGCAUAUUUACCAGAUUUAAGACAUGCUCCAACAUUAAAUGCUAUAAUGCAAUCUGUUUAA